AUGGAUUAUUUUGUCGAGCCUUUACAGGCGUUAACAUCUGACUUGCAAGCUACGGGUUGCACUGAAAGUUACGAACAGAUUUUGCAAGAAAUUGGAUCAAAGAAGAAUGUGCGUUACUCAACUGAAGAAAGGGAGAAUCUCCGUGCUGCCGUAGACUGUAUCUUCAGAGAAAACGAAGAGGAAGAGGGGCAAGAGAAGGAUGAGGGAAGUGUGCAUACUGGUCAAAACUUCACAGAUCCAGCCUCAACAACCUCGGGCACCAUUCAGGCCGAAAUGGCUUCUCUAGCAACUACGGAAACAGAAAGCAUUGACCGCAUUUCCGGUUUCAGUCGGCCUCUCUAUGACUCUCGCAUUGCAGGCGUGAAACAGGACGGGAACCGACGGGAAGGCAAGACUGAAGGUUGCACCUUUCUCAGCCAGACAGAGUUGACAGAACUGGCUCGAUUGCUCGACCCACAACAUCACAACGCAGUGGAGCGAACCACUGCUCUUCGACAAAUUGUUAAUUUGCCUGUUCUAGAUGUCCAGGCCUGUGAGUCCUGGAUGGCCGCAGCGUCUCUUCAAACCCCCACCCAGCGGACGUCGACAGCAGCACACGAACGCGCAUCCACAUCUUCGCCGAUCUUCUCCUUGCCUGCUACCGCUACUACGCCGGACGAAAUUCCUGAAUGUGUCUCCAACCCUCCUAACAUGCCUGCCUACAGCAUUCGCACAGGCAUACUGGAGGCUCUGAAUGACGAGGACGACGAGUUAUGGUCGCUUGCCAUGCAGUUUCUCGCCAAGGGAUUUGCCACCACUUCGGCAAACGUCAAGGAAUGCUACUGUGUUCUGACUGAAUAUAUUGAAGACCAGUUCUCCGGAAGCUAUGGGCCCAUGCCUAAACUUUCUCCAGGACUAGACAUCUCAAAUCCACAUAUGCAGAGGCUGUUUCGUGCGUUCUGUCUCUUCAAUGAGGUGAACAAGCAAAUUACUCAGCUCUGGUUGAGGUACCCUGAAAAGUAA